AUGCAGGCCGCUCGUACGCAGAACCUACACAAGGAAUUUUCCAAUUAUAGGUAUCGUGAGCACGCUGAUGCUUUCCGUGAGCUCAUUCGUGAACAAGCUCUCACCCCUGUUCGUGGCCAAACGACCGUAGUGCACAUAUACCUUAAGGACCUCCCAGUGGACCUUGCCACCUGUAUCAAGCACAACUUUCCGCACUAUUCAAUGCUGAUCAACGACGUAUUGACUGAGCAGUGGAUUUCAUCUCUUCCAGAGGAGGAGAGAGGACAGUAUACUAAUCAGCCAUAUCGUCUUUCAAGGUGGUUCUCAGUGGAGAUUGUACCCGAAAAUGAUAUGUUAGAGCAUCCACUAACGCUAAGGUCUGUUUCUGCAUCCAUGAUUGGCCACUUAGUUGUGUUUUCAGGUAUAGUGACAUUCAUUAGUCAGGUGGUGCCUGAAUGUGAAAUAGCUACAUUCACCUGUGAAGUGUGUGGCUCUUCGCAAUAUGUUGUUGUUCCUCAUGAUCAAUACAGCAUCCCACAAAGGUGUGACUCAGAGGUUUGCCAGCAACUCAAAACGUACGAGGCACCAGUCUUAAACACUAAGCGGUCGGUGAUUAAUUCUCUUUACAUAGCCAUUAUCCAGGAGCUACCGGUUGAAAUACCUGAUGGUGAAGUGCCUCGCACUAUGACGGUGCAUAUUCGGAAAGAAGGAGUAGCUCUCCGUCCCGGCGAAAAGGUGAAGCUCUGGGGAACCCUUAUGCCGAUACCCGUCGUGGACACUAUUUACCGUAUCAAUUCUGUUUUCUACGCAGAAGGGUGGGCGUAUCUGAACGCUGCAGAGGCAAUUGGGGUAUCUGGUGUCGAGCAGGACAGGGCUGCCGCCCUUGCAAACACUAUGGUCGAAAGUUCUCAACUUCAGCCUUCUCUAGCCACUGAUCUUUCUGUCUUGCGUGAAAAGGCUAUUCCUCUGCACGUGCUAAUAGCUUCUUUUGCACCUCGGAUCCACGGCCGCGAAGACGAGAAGUUAGCAUGUCUUUGUUCCCUCGUAGGCGGCAACGAGAUUGUGGUCCCUGAUAUGAAGGUCAGAGGAAACAUUAAUACCCUCUUUGUAGGCGAUCCCGGAUGUGCUAAAAGCGCACUCCUUAAGUUUACAUGUACAAUUGCAGAACGGGGAAUAUACGUCGCCGGUCGUGGGGCCAGUGGUGCUGGUCUGACCACUGCUGCCAUCCGUAUUCCGGGAACAACAGACUAUAGCCUUGAGGGAGGCGCGCUUGUGAUAGCUGAUCAAGGUGUCUGUGCUCUCGAUGAACUAGACAAACUGGAAGAAGCAGACAGAACUGCAAUCUACGAAGUGAUGGAGCAGGGUACCAUCUCAGUAGCCAAAGCAGGUAUAACAGCCACACUUAAUGCGAGAGCGACCGUUGUAGCUGCCGCAAACCCUAAGUUUAGUAUCUGGGACCCAAGCAUCUCUGUAGCUAGCAACAUUAACAUCCCAGAAGCCCUUAUUAGUAGAUUCGAUAUACUUUUUGUAAUCAGAGAUAAAAUUCACGAAGAAGAGGAUAUGAACUUAUCAUUACAUGUGGCAAAUUUACACAAGCAUGCAUAUGACAUGUAUUCUGCCGGAGUAUCUGAUGCUCAAUCGACAAAGAUACUGACUGAGAAGGAAUUGCAAGCCUACAUUGCUGUUGCUAAGAACCUACGACCAGCAGUCCCACAGCAUUUACUGGACACAUAUGUCAUGACUUACAUUCAAGACAGAAAGGAGAGGGAAUUCAUCACUCCCCGUGCACUCCUGGCGACGAUCCGCAUCUCCCAAGCAAUAGCUAAACUACGGUUGUCGGACAGUGUCUCUGCUGAUGAUGUGGCAAAGGCUCGAGACUUGCUUGCUGCAGCCGAGAAGUCUGCCCAUACGGGACGGCGCAAGCAACGCGUCAGACCGGGUUCUGAAAUGCAAACUGCAAAUCGCGUGAUUACAUCCAUACUGGGACAGCAUGUUGAUGCCAUCGACCACGACACACUACAGGAGCUAGCUCUUCGUGAACACAUCACCGAUGCUGAGUUUCAGAUGGCUUUGACGCGACUCAUUAAUUACGGCCUGAUAGUGAUUACCGAAGAUAACAAAUACAGGCUACGCUAA